AUGCAGUCGGAACAGUCGUCAGACCCAUACGUGCUACAGCACCUCAGAUCUAUCAUCAUCCAUUCGCUAGAUAACUUCAACUACUCCAAUGCUGAAUUCGCCAGCGAGCGGCUCCUCGCCAUGGACGGCGACAACCUCGAGUCCAUCUACCUCUACUGUCUCACGUUGUUCCGCCAGGGCAAGCACAAGUCGUGCUACGCUCGCUUGGUGGACUUGCUCUCUUCCAACCACUUGGGGUUUGCCUUUCUCUUUGCCAAGUGUUGUUUGAUCUUGAAGAAGUACCAGGAGGGCAUCUACCAGCUUUUCCGGUUGAACCACUUGUACAGCGAGUCCUCGUUGGAAGCUGCCAAUUCGACAGCAAACCCGUUCUAUUUCACCACCAACCACAACAAGUUCAACUACGAGCACAGGAGAUCCAUAUACCCUGAUUCCUCCACCAUCUACCACUUGUUGGCGUCGUUAUACAAGGGUAUCAACGAUACCAAGAACAGCGCCCUCAACUAUGUUCAAGCGUUGAAGCACAACCAGUACGACUUCGAGGCCUUCCAGGAAUUGUGCAAGCUCGGAAAGCCUGGAAUAAGAGCAAGCUUGAAACGUAACAACUCUAGUGGAAUUAUUCCAACUAUCAACAACGAGCUGGAUCCCCAAUCAACAACCGUUUCCAUGAUAACAAUGAAAGAAAUCGAAAAGAGUGAGAAUUAUUUACUUGGUCUUUAUGUGAUAUUCGCAAAGGGAUUCAAGUGUAUGUGCAAGUAUGAUUGUUAUAAGGCAAUCAGGAUCCUCGAGUCAUUGUCAGAGAAAGAGAAGGAAACCCCAUGGGUAUUGAGCAAGCUUGGAAGACUACACUACGAAAUCGUCAACUAUAAGCAAUCCGAAUAUUUCUUUGUGAAACUCCGGAAGUUGGAUAGAACCAGAAUGGAGGAUAUGGAGUAUUACUCGACGUUAUUGUGGCAUUUGCAUCGGAAGGUAGAAUUGACGUACUUGGCGAAUGAACUCCACGACCUUGACCCCAACUCUGCAAUUGCGUGGUGUGCGAUUGGUAAUCUCUUCUCGUUGACGAGAGAGCCCGACGAGGCUAUUAAAUGCUUCAACAAAGCUACCAAAUUGGAUGAGAACUUCACAUAUGCAUACACAUUAAAAGGACACGAAUACUUCGGGAAUGAUAACUACGAAAUGGCGCUCGAGAACUUCCGGUUGAGUUUACUUAUUGAUCCACGCCACUACAAUGCGCUCUACGGAAUUGGAAUGGUGUAUAUUAACCUUGGAGAUUACCAGAGAGCAGACUAUCAUUUCCGGAAGGCUGUUUCGAUCAACCCGAUCAAUGUCAUCUUGAUUUGUUGCGUGGGAAUGGUUUUGGAGAAACUAGGAAAGAAGAAUUUGGCUUUAAGACAGUAUGAAUUGGCCAACAAGCUCCAGCCAUUAAACCCAUUGCCCAUUUUCAAGAAGGCACAAUCGUUGUUUUCUAUGCAACAAUACCCCCAGGCAUUGAAAUACUUUGAGACGCUCAAGGAAUUGGCUCCAGACGAAGCCUCAGUCCACUUUCUCCUUGGACAGUUGUACAACAUCCAAAACGAUAAGUUCCAGGCGAUCAAGGAGUUCACCAUUGCGAUGAACUUGGAUCCCAAAGGCAACUACUUGAUUCGGGAGGCCAUGGAGUCUCUCAAGGAGAAAUAG